ACCCAGAACACACACACAGAGGGAGAGAGAAACACGUCCAACUUCGCAGCCUUUUAAGGACAUCAAAACACGCUCCAGCCCGAAAAACCAUAAUGAAAAACACCUCAAACUUUAUUUGGAAGACGCAGGAGUCGUCCGUAGAGUGACUUUUUGAAACUGGAGCUGCUUCCUCGUUCGACAACAGGCUGAAAUCCCUCAUCAUCCUCACAAAGAAACUUUGCUUGCUAGGCUGCUAACUCGCACAAAAAAACUUAAGGAAAAKAAUUAUCCUCGCGGAAGACUUUAGCAUCACAAAACGGUUAUAUCUGGAGCCGAAGGCCUGCGUUUCCGAGCAAAUGUUGUAAAUUUGUCCUGGAAAUGAUGCGCGUGGGAUAAAAAAAGUAACAUUUGUAACGGUUUUCGAGUAGGUCUCAUCACUACAGGAGGAGGAAGAUUAGCCAGCUACCACCACCAGCGCCCCCACAUAUUUAUUUUUUUACUUUAUUUUUCUUGUCAACCACCAGGAAAAACACUGCUCGUUUCAGGUAGUUUCAGGAGCCGAGUGGUUCCACAUUAGUUACUGUUAACAUGUCCGGCCGGAGUGGAGCUGGACCCCCAAGACCCGGAGCCCCGCAGCCCCUGAAGGCGACGGUUCCCUUCAAGCUGGCCAGCAAACCCAGAGCAAACCGGAGGGAUGGGAAGUCAGUGGGAAAAGACAAAUUGCACCAGCUGAGCUCAGGCAUGAGGCGGACCAUGUCACUGGACGCCAUCAUCGGACCGUACCUGCAGGGCCACUGGCCGAAGGAACCGGAUGCCCAGUGCAGUCCGCCUCGUAAAGACAAAUCAACACAGACCCCAGACUCAUGGGUGGAUAAAUCCCACAUCAGGAAAGGAAGCGGCAGCCACAAGCGCUCAGCGUCAUGGGGCAGUGCUGAGCAUCUGCGAGAGAUCGCAAAACUCAAACAACAACUGCAGCAGUGCAGCAAACCCGCUGUCUCUGGAGGUGACGAUAAAGACCGUCAGUGUUUUUAUCCUCAUGGGAGCUGUAGCCUUGGAGCAACUCAGACUCAGCCAAUUCCCAUCCCCCUCUCUCCCCUGUCUACACUGGUCCCUCGACUGCGCUGCAGCGUGGAGGGCCUCAACCAGGAGCUGGAAGGCAUGUUCAUUAGCCAGUCCCCACCUCCACAGCACAGGCUCCUUGAGGUCCCAGACGGUCACCGUGCUCCAGUCCCUCUGCACAGCUGUAGCAGAGGUUCACAGAAYGAACGCGCCAUCACACCCCUAUCGUCAUCCUCYACCUCCUCCUCGCCCUGCUCUUCCCCCCAGCUUCAAGACCCCCACUCAUCAUAUACUCCUCUGGUCUCUCACCAAGACAGCAGAGAGAUGUGCCUCUUGUCUCCGCUGUCCUCCCAGAAUGAGGCCGACCUUCCACCACUGAUCUCCUCAUCUCCAGGCCUCAACAAAAGCUGCUGCUUCCAGAGAGAGCCUCCAGAGGGCUGCGAGAAGGUCAGAGUCUGGGAGGAGCUCAGUACUCCACGCCAAGAAAAGCAAACCCUCAUCUCCUCCUGCCCAGACCCCAACAAGGUAAACUUCACCCCCCACGGGGGCUCRGCCUUUUGCCCUGUCAGCCUCCUCAAGCCCCUGCUUCCUUCCAUGGACCUGUUGUUCCGCAGCCUCACAGGAUCUCCAGCAGGAAACAGCUCAGGCCAGGGAACAGGCUCCUGCCAGAUGGCCUCUUCUGGUAACCGGGCUGCUUCUCCUAACCCUGCAGCAACCUCCGCUGUGGUGUCGGAGAGCUCAGGAGAGGGACUCGCUUUCUGAUUGCUGCUGUUUUUCUGUGGAAAUAAUGCAAAUAUUUCACUGGACAAAACAAGUGCGUUUAUAGUCCUCUUUACAAACGAUGUUUUCUUCAUUAGAAGUUCAUAAUGACCUAUAUUAAAAAAAACAUGACAGUGCGAAGGAAUUACUUUUUUCAUUAAUUAAUUUUUUUCUAUAUUUGGUUUUCUUGCUUUUUUUUUUCCACCCAAAGAGAUAGUUUUGGCCAAAAAUGUGUGCAGAAAAAAAGCUCAGAGAUCUGGUGCAUUCACAUACAACAACAAAAGUAUAUUUUCCAAAGAGUAAAUGAUAAACACACAUUUACAUAAUUUCUAUCUAAAUUAUCUGGAGUUUUGAUGAAAUAAAAAAUAAUAAUUCUUCUUGUUUUUAAGUGUUCAAAGAUAUGUUGGUGUGUAUGACAAAUCACUUGGGUACUUUUAUAUUCACUUGCUUAAAAGAAGACAAUGAAAUCACAAUUUGAUUAUUUCACCUGCAGCUUCCAUCUGUUGGAGUUGGGUCACAUUAAUAACUGAAGGUUUCUGUUCGCUCCUGCUUUAAAGCCGUGUGUUUAAAUUUUAUUUUUCUUGCUAAAACGUGUACGCAUUGAUGGACAAAGACAUUAUUUUUCAAUGUUUGUAGAUGUAUUUUUGAUGUUUAGUUUGCUGUUUCAUGGCCUAGUUGACUACCUAACCAGUUUUAGUGGUAUAGAUGUGUCAUCCUUUAAUGUUUGCUUCUUUAGGUUCUGCCACGCUGACAAGUCAAUGAUCAAUUUAGUUUCAUUUCUGGUAGAUGUUUGCACAAAUCGAACUGCUACUUUUUGAGUUGCAAUUAUUUUAUAUAUAUAUAUAUAAAUAUAUAUUCACAUUUUUGUACUUUAUUGUAAAUUUUUGUUUUCUGCAACAUAAGCUAAAAAAAAUGUGUUACAUUUAGUUUUGUUGUGUCUACAUUUGUGAGGCAGUUAUGAGAUCUGGUGGACUUUWAUGCACUUCCAGCAGAGGGAUUUUAUUGGAGAGGUGUUUCUGUUUUGGUUUGUAUGUGUGCAUGUGAAUGGGGAGUUUAUUAUUAUUAUUAUUAUUUUUUUACUAACAUAGUUUUAGUGUCAUUUAGAAAUGCUAAUGGAUCGGAACAUAUUUUUCUACGUGAUGUUUCCUCAAGUCUGUUUGGAUUCUGGGAAUGUUUUGUUCUCUCAGGUUCUGUCCACAUAAAAAUAAGAUGAGAAA